AUGCCUACUAUUCCUAUUCAUUUAAAGUGCCAGACCCGGCUCAAUGAGGACAUUGCAAACCCGCUUCCUACCUUGCUAAAUACACCCUCUGGGCUGGCAAUCCUCGAACUCCAAGGAACAAUUAACUUGCCUUCCAAUGAGCCGCACUACAACGAUGAACAAACAGACUUGCAGUCAGAAUUCCAUGCUCAAACCCCAAUUGGCCGCCUCGUGUUUCCAGAUUAUGAUGCUUCAAACCCUCCAAGCAGUGGUUCGUGGAUGAAACGCGUCCAUCUUUACGUCGGCCGGCAUCAGCGUCUCACAGGGGAGGUCAAAAAGCUCCCUAAGCCAUUGGCCAUCAUACGACGGCGCCAAAGCAAGGAUUCAAGUGGAGCAGGACAUAUUAUGAGGUCGGCCGCCAGAGACACUGCUGCGCACCCCGACGGAAACCCCAGCGUGGAGGAGCUGGAAAUUGCGGAGAUUAUUAGGUACAGGCUACUCUUCUCGGCGAGACCCGAACCGGUUAGUUAGUGAUGUGUUGCGUGGCGACGACGGCGGCAUUCCUGGAAACGGUUUUCACCAUCAAUAUCGCCACUCCUAUUCGUACUUUUUUCGCGGGCCAGCAGUUCGAUCAGCCAAAGUUUGCGCCAACCAUGCCGGGAUAAACGAUGGGGCGGACGGUCGUGUUAUGAAUUUCGGGCCCCGGCCCUGGUCUCUGAAAGGCCCACGGGAUAAGAUGCCAAAGAGUUGAUGGCGCAGACCCGCGACUUGGCUUGCAGAUUUGAGCAAGACGUGGAAUCUGGACUGGAAUACGGAGUACCAUUCCCUGUUGCAAGGGUCUUGGCCGCCCUUCACCUGCAACACCUGGGGGAAGCCACCUUCCGAUGGUCUUUGUGAAUGGUAGACGACAAGUACCUCGGAGCUGCGAGGCCAGCGUCCUCGCACUUCACCUCACUAUGGUAGUUCUUUCUUCGGCCGCCCCAGCCUGAUAAUCCGCGAUUUCCAUUAGUCUCCGGAUGUGAGCUCAGCAUGACAAGCAGGCCCAUCCGUUCUUCGUCGUUACGCCUCUGCUGUUGGUACAGUUGCAUGUGGCGGUCAAAUAUCAAUAGUCACUGGACCAGGGCCCCCAGGCUUUCUUUGCCCGUAUCUUGCUGCGUGAAGCGCGUAUUUCUGUACACUAAUAUUCCCCAUCGGGCUGAGAUCCGCUCGCCCCGUAUCAAUCGGUCCUGCUGCAGCAGCGGGUGAUCCGCCAUUGAGGUAACUUCCCGGGUUUUCGCGCGAAGCUCAGCCAGGGGAUUACAAAGAGGGUUUCUCCAUCUAGUUAGUGACGAUCAGAGGAGGCAAAACUAGCUAGUCAUUGUCUGGUUAUUUC